AUGUGGAAAAAAAAUCAGGAAAAUGGGGGAAGUCUGUGAAAAUGUGAAAAAAAUGGGGAAAACUGAGGCAUUCCUCACUCUGCACGGGGCCAAGCAAUAGUAGAGAGAACUCACAAAUCUUUAAAAGAUAUGCUGAAAAGAACAAUAAAAAACAGCUGUAGGUCUUUCUCCAUCAGAAUGUUUACACAAGGCAUUGUAUGUCCUCAAUUUUUUAAAUAAGCUGCAUGAAGAUGUUUCGCCUGUUGGACAUCAUUUUGGAGCUGGAAAAUUAAAAACGGGGGAAGCUAAGGAGCAGGUCCAAGAUGGAUACCGCCCAGACUAGUAAGGAUCCACCAAGAAGCUUCCCUCCCAGCUCAACCAGCAGCAGAUCCAGCACCAACGGAUUCAGCACCAACUACAGGAAGCGAUCCUCCAUCAGCAUCACUUUCGGGAUAAUCCUGCUUUUUGCGUGCAGCAUAACACCAGCAACUCAGACAGACUUAAUGUCAGGAGCCCUUGCCACACCUCCUCCAACAAUUCCAAAUUGGGUAAUGCUCUCUGGCCAAAAUGUUUGGCUAAACCUGGCACAAUCACUAAAUACUGACUCUCUCUGUCUCUCUACCUUAGAUCCCUCUCACCCUUUUAAGAUCUGUCUGGUAGGAAUCCCCUGGACGCCAAGAGAAUGGGGCGAUUUUAGGAAUCAGUAUAUCCCUUGGUGUGAUGACCAUGGUCAGUUCAGAAAUCCAUUCUUAGAUUGUCUCACAAGACCAGCAAAAACUUCACAUGACAGACAGACAUUUAGCUAUCAGUGGCAGAGACCUGAGCAAUUAGAAAUCUUGGGGAGUAUUAUAUCUCCUCUCUGUUUUUACUUCAUUCACAACAAAUAUGUUGCCCCUCCUGAAAUAAUUACUGUCACCUCUUAUGGACCUUAUUCCAACUUCAGUUUCUGGUGCAAGGAAGAGGUUCCUUACCAGAUACAUGCUACCCCUGAUUCGGUUAUUCUUCCAAAAGGAGUCUUUUUAAUUUGUGGACUUAGAGUCUGGAAUAUGAUUCCUAGAUUAGCUGCUGCAGACCCCUGCACAUUUGGAAAAUUAGCACUGUACAAUCCAGCUACCCGUAUGAAAUCUUUACCUGUAAGUCCUCCCAAAAAUCAGGCAAAAAGGAACAUUAACCUCCAAACAACCUCACCCUUCUCACAUCAUAGAGUGCGCAGGCAAUUCCAAGGUUUACACCCACCUCUUAACUUCUAUCCAUCACAACCAAAACCACCUUCUCCACCUAAAGCAGCACAGGUCGCUGUGGCUGCAGCACCCCCACCUCCAGUUGAAGAACAUCCUUUAGAAAAAUUACAGUCCUUGAGUGAAUUCACAGCAGAAUGCAAUUCCAACAUGCAUUUUUGGUCCGACACCGCAAACAUUCUAAGUGGUAUACUUCCAAUUGUCAGCUCAACAAAAGCCUUAACACUCCGUACCAGAAUGGGAUGCUGGCUUGCAAAAGAAGCUAAUGCCACCAGCGCUGCCCUUGAUGAUCUUUUACAAGAUACCCAAACCAAUAAGAAAGCUUUGUUACAAAAUCGUGCUGCAAUAGAUUUUCUCCUUCUAGUAAAUGGCCAUGGGUGUCAGGAGUUUGAAGGCCUCUGCUGUCUCAACUUCUCUGAUCACUCCCAAUCUAUCCACUCCCAGAUUAAUCAGCUUAAGUCCUUAGUUCAUGAAAUCAAGGAGGUUGAUCAUCUGACCUUUGAUGAUUUUUUCGACUGGCUGCCCUUCAAAGGCCUCUCUUCCACUAUAAAGAAAAUUAUUGUAGUUCUCGUACUAGGACUUUCCGUAGUGUUUCUCUUUAUGUGUGUCUUUCCAUGUUUGCUCAGUUGUGCCAGAACCUCUCAAUCAUUAAAAGCAUAUCCAACUUUAGAAGACAAAGGAGGAGGAGAUGUGGCAAUGGAUUUGCCAUACGCAGGAUGGAAGAAGUCCUGUCGGAGACAGAUUAGUGAAGAUAAAGAAGAAAACAGCUCAAAUGUUGUAGAAACAGAAGGUUUUAAUGUGGUUUAAACACGUUUCAAAA